AUGUUCGAUUUCCUGCAAGCCUGCCAGACACCCGAUCAUGAUGGUGAUUCCUGGAACGCAUCAGCAUCAACGACGAUGACGAUUCCCUCCCCUGUCAAGUCAUUCGAAGGCUCUUCAGAAACUGGUAGGCUUAUGUCACAGUUACAAAAAGUCACAUAUGGCCUAAUGGGACAGGGGGCAUUUAGUGGGACUGAAGAUCUCCAGCUAGGAAUGCUCGCAGCCAUCUAUACAUAUGAUGAGGUUUCCCGUCCUUGGUUGGGAGAGGUUCAGACAAUAGAAGAUGGCGAUACAGUGAAGAUCCACUGGUAUAUGGGAGGCUAUCCCAAAUCGUGGAAGCCCAUGUCAGGAACCAACAGCACGUCAUCUGUUCAUCGUGAAUCCCUUCUACUAUGGGGGUUUACACUCACUGAGAAAAGUCAGCGACUGACGAGUGAAACAGCUGCAGAACUGAAGCGGCUCUAUCAAGAAACAGAUGACCGCAUGACGAUCCAACAAGACCGCAUCUCAGAGGAAUUAAACUGA